AUGAAGGGCCUUGACGUAGAGAAAAAUGCCCUUUACCGCGGAGACGUCUUGCCUACGCAAGCCGUUGUCCCAGAACCGCCUCAAUCCCAGCGGAAGUACUUUUGGCGCCGAUUUCUCAAGUUCCUCGUGCUGUAUUAUGCUGUUGCGGCAAUAUUUGUUCUUGCCAAACGCGCCAUCUUCAAGAAACAUACAGGUUCAAAGCUUGUAGCGCCUACAGAGUUCUGGGCAUUGGACGCAUUUAAACAGCAAGAUGGGAUUUCGGGGAAGAAUGCGGAGGAGCUGUAUCUGUCUAUACCGAGCACAGGAAGCGCGCUGGCAGCCUCCAUCCAAUAUGCCACCCACCCGCACCUUGCAGGCUCGCCAGAGGACUUCGAGGACGCCAAGACCAUACUCGAGCUCUUCCAGCGCGAGUUCGGAAUCGUUCCGCCCCCUGUCGUCCCUGUUUUCCCUGCUGGCACGCCCGCCUCUCGCGCCGCGACGCUGAGCAUCUCAGCGCUGCCCGCGCCCAUCGCGUGGAUCGACAAGUACUACCCUGUUAUGAACACACCGCUCGACCACAGCCUCGCGAUUCUCGCUGAGGACGGAUCGGAGGCUUGGAUCGCGGAGUUGGAGGAGGACGGCGACCCGCUAGACCCGGAGGCAGCAAAGUACCGCGUCGCGGUGCCGACAUGGCAUGGACUGAGCAAGGGCGGCGAGGUCGAGGGCGAGCUUGUCUAUUUGAACUACGGCACCAAGGAGGAUUACGACAAUGUGGUAGAGAAGGGGAGUAACCUAACGGGCAAGAUCAUCCUUGCACGUUACGGCGGGAACUUCCGUGGGCUGAAGAUCCAACUCGCGCAAGAACACGGCGCCGCGGGCGUGCUCAUCUACUCGGAUACGCGCGACGACGGAGCAGUUACCGCUGAGAACGGUUACGAGACAUACCCUGCUGGGCCCGCGCGCAACCCGACGUCUGUGCAGCGCGGCAGCGUGCAGUUCAUUUCCGCGUACCCUGGCGACCCGACAACGCCGGGUGUACCCGCGUACGAGAACGCGACGCGUACUGAGGGCGAAAAUAUUCCCAAGAUUCCCAGUCUGCCAAUCUCAUGGGCGAACGCGCAGCGACUUCUUGAGGAGCUGGAAGACGGCCGCGAGGUGACGGGCAAGGCGAGCGAGCGGAAGGUUCGACUUGUGAACCAUGUGGACACGAAGGUCAUCCCGAUCUGGAACACUAUGGCUGUUAUCCCGGGACACAUUCGCAAUGAGACAGUUUUGCUGGGAUGCCAUCGAGAUGCAUGGGUCAUGGGAGCGGUGGAUCCUGUGUCUGGCACCGUGUCUCUACACGAGAUCGUCCGCGGCUUUGGUGCCUUACUCAGAAACGGCUGGAAGCCUCUCAGAAACAUCGUCAUUGCGAGCUGGGAUGCCGAAGAGUAUGGUCUCAUCGGCAGCACGGAAUGGGCAGAGGACUUCCCCGAAUGGAUCACUGGGAACGUUGUUGCGUAUCUGAACGUCGACGUCUCUGUCAGUGGGUCCCGCUGGGGCGCCAGCGGCUCGCCUUCUCUCGCCCACCUGAUUCGUCAGUCUGCUCUCGACGUGUCUCACCCCUCAGUUCCUGGCAAGACUCUAUGGGACGCCAUGGGCGAUUCUGGUAUCUUCACCGGCAAGAGCGAUGCGGAGUUCUUGGAUAUGUACGAGUCGGCUCAGCAAGCGAAGGCUUCUGACACGGGUAUCUCCCCCCUUGGAUCGGGCAGCGAUUUCACACCGUUCUUGCAGCACCUCGGUAUUGCCAGCAUGGAUCAAGGGUUCGGGAACACGCCUACUGACCCGCCGUAUCACUACCACUCCAUCUAUGAUUCGGAAAGGUGGCAGGAGCUAUACGGGGACCCUGGCUUCUCGCGCCAUGUGGCGGUCGCGCAGCACAUGGGUUUGACAGCUCUUCGCAUCAUUGAUGCUAUCAUCAUCCCUCUCAACACUACCCAGUACGCAUUAGAAUUGGACGGCUACCUCAACAAAGUCGAAAGCAUCGCAUCUACGCUAGCAGUUUCGCCCAACUUCUCUGGCCUCCGCAGUUCCAUCUCCAACUUGCAAUCCGCCAGCCAGGCACUCGACGUCGAGAAGGCCGAGGCUGAGAAGAAGUUCAAGGAGGCUCUCGCGAAGCUGCCCAAGAAGUCAGAGCACGAUAGCUGCAAGAUGCUCCACCUCCCCGAAUGGCUUAAGAAGAUCCUUCGUAAAAUCCACCGACACACCAAGCACAAUCCUCUCGAGGAGUUCUUCAAGGCUGCGCAGCGUGUGCAACACGUGAACCAGAAGUUGAGGGUGUUCGAGCGCGGGUUCAUCUCAGAGGAAGGUAUCUCCGAGCGCGAAUGGUACAAGCAUCUCAUCGUAGCGCCCGGGAAGUGGUUGGGAUAUGGUGCAACCACGCUCCCCGCUGUCACGGAGGCUUUGACACUGGAGAAAAACGCUACGCUUGCUGAAUUUGAGGCUAAGCGUGUGACGGCCCUGCUCAACAAGCUGUCAGAUGCCAUUGCUGUAUAA